UCUCUUCAGUGACAUAUUGGGGUUUCAGCUCCACGUGAAGCAUGUCCUGACAGUAUUUCACCUCACACUUUAAGCUCUUUCCUCCAACUACUCAUGGAUUUAAUGUAAAAUCAGCUGCAUCUCGUUAGGGUUCAGAUCUGCGCUAAUACUACGUGCUAGCCUGGUGGCUUAGCUAGCCGUGGAGAUGUGCGCGUGGCUCCGGGUGCACGCGGGGGCUCGAUCCGCGGCUGCAGCCCUGAGGCUCAGAGCCCGGACCGCUCAGAUACCCGGGGAGAGGGGACUAAUGAGACACGUCCUCCGGCAGAACUUCGGGACAGACGCUGUGCUGCGGAAGGACAUUAUGAAAGAUUUGCAGGCCCAGUUGACCUCCAUAAAGCAGACAGCUCUGGACGCGUUGCCGGGCAGCAGCUGGACGCCCCUGCAGAUGAACCCUAACCUCCCCCCGGAGCGAGCGGACAUCGUGAUCGUGGGAGGGGGGGUGGUGGGCUGGUCUGUAGCCUACUGGCUCAAACAGAAGGAGCGCGUGAGGGGAGGAGUCAAGGUGGUGGUGGUGGAGAGGGAUCCCACGUACUCACGGGCCUCCACUGUGCUGUCGGCUGGAGGCAUCAGGCAGCAGUUCUCCCUGUCCGAGAACAUCCUCCUGUCCUUGCACUCUGCACACUUCAUGAGGAACAUCAAUGAUCAUCUGGGUGUGUUGAACGAGGACCCUGUUGACCUGCAGUUUAACCACUCAGGUUAUCUGUUCCUGGCCAGUGAAGAUGUGGCCCACAUCAUGGAGGAGAACUACAAGACACAGAGAUAUGCAGGAGCCAAAGUGUCCCUUCUCACUCCCACUCAACUCAAAGAAAAGUUCCCCUGGAUCAACACUGAUGGAGUGGCACUGGCUUCAUACGGUCUAGAGAACGAGGGCUGGUUCGACCCCUGGACUCUGCUCAGUGCCUUCAGGAGGAAAGCCAUCUCUAUGGGAGUGAUCCCCUGCUGCGGAGAGGUCACAGGCUUUCAGUAUAAGACAAACACAGUGUCCACUAGAGAGGGGGACCAAGUCAUUCUGCGCCGAAUCAGAUCUGUCAAAGUGCAGAUGCCCAACAGCCUGGAGUACCAGCCAGUGGAGUGUUCCAUUGUGGUGAACGCGGCGGGGGCCUUCUCUGGGAAACUGGCCCAGAUGUUGGGCAUCGGCAAUGGGCCAGAAGACUCCCUGACUGGGAUCUCCGUGCCCGUGGAGCCCCGGAAGAGGUACAUCUAUGUGGUUCACUGUCCAGAUGGGCCUGGUCUGGACACACCCUUCCUCAUUGAUUACUCUGGAGUCUACUUCAGGAGGGAGGGGCUCGGGGGCAACUACAUCGCCGGGACAUCCCCACUAGAGGCUGAGGAGCCGGACACCAGUGACCUGGAGGUGGAUCACCAGUUCUUUGUGGACAAAGUUUGGCCCAGCCUGUGUCACCGCGUCCCUGCCUUUGAAAGUCUCAAGGUGUCCAGUGCAUGGGCGGGCUUCUACGACUAUAACACCUUUGAUCAGAACGGGAUCAUUGGGAUGCACCCUCUUGUCAACAACAUGUACUUUGCGACAGGAUUCAGUGGGCAUGGCCUGCAGCACUCCCCCGCUGUGGGCAGAGGGCUGGCAGAGCUCAUCAUUGAGGGCGGGUACAAGACCAUCGACCUGAGCGCACUAGACUUCAGGCGCAUCCUCAGCCACGAGCCCAUGCUGGAGAGGAACAUCGUCUAGCUGCCCCCGCACAAAAUGACGUAC